AAUGAGGAUAAUGACACCUAUGAUGCAAAAUAGAUUAAUGAUAGCACCCCUUUUUUUUGUGAUGCUUUUGUCUGUCAUCUUGAAUCGCCUCAAGGAAAGCCACUUUUUCUCUAUAGGAACCAUGAUUAUUGCAAUAGAAAUGCGUUUCUGUGGAUAAGACUUUUGUAAAUCUUCUGGAAUAACUGGAGAAGUAACUUCAGUUUCUGAAGUUGCGCCAGAUAUAUUUGUAUUUUUAG